GGGUGGAGUCACGUGUCAGCAUUAGGGGGAGUAGCCUCAGCUCUGAUGGAGACAAGGGCCUUUCUAUUUUUAGGGGGACUGGAAUGUGCACAGAGGCCUCAUGGACCAACAACUUGACAACAAAAAACACGGCAUGGUACCCACUAUAAACAUUCACCUUCCACUUUCAGAGGGCUUCAAAGAUACAAAGAGACCUCUAAUAUUGAGUUGGUUCUGUCUCAGCGUGACCUGAUACAGAAGGAGGUACAACACCAUAUAAGAUGUGUUACAAGUUGGCCGAGAUCAGCAUAGAUGCCUCUUUUACGGAUGUCUUACACUAUAAAGAUAAAGAGUCGCUAUCAGCCCUCACCUUGCAACUCAACAACUUGAGAAAGCAGCAAAUUCUCACGGACAUUGUCCUUUGCACAGAGGGUAAGGAGAUCUCCUGCCAUCGGAACGUUCUGGCAUGUAGCAGCGCCUACUUCCAUGCCAUGUUCUGCAGCAACUUUCGAGAGAGACGGCAGGCCCAGGUUGAUAUGCAAGGCAUUCCCUACCAAGUCCUGAACAGCAUUGUAGAAUAUGUUUACACAGGCGGCAUCAGUAUCACCAUGGAGCUCGUUCUCCCUUUGAUGCAGGCUUCUGCCAUGUUACAGUAUGGGAGGAUUUUUGAGGCCUGUUCAGUCUUCCUGCAGGCCCAGCUCAGCCCAGAUAACUGCCUCAGCAUGAUUCGCCUCUCAGAAAUCCUGCACUGUGCCAGCUUACAGGAGAAAGCCAGAGAGAUGGCUGUGAAACGCUUCUCCGAUGUUGUGGAGUCUGAGGAUUUCGGCGAGCUCUCACUGCAGGAGCUGUUGGCCUACCUGGAGGACGACCAAUUGUGUGCCGAGGAGGAGCAAGUGUUUGAGAUCCUGCUGGCCUGGAUCCACCACGACCCGUUUGCCCGCCGAGGUGCCAUCCACGACCUGUUCCGGCGCGUCAGGCUGCGCCACAUCCAUCCGUCCUACCUUUUCCAGUUCAUCGCUAACGACCCACUGGUGCAGGCCUCCUCCCUGUGCACCGGGAUUAUCGAGUCCGUCCGACGCCUCCUCUUUUCAGUUGGCUCCCAUUGCCCAGGUGAGCUGCAACCGCUCUGGGCCACCCCAUGGCGUCACACCUGGAGAGAAGCACUGGUGGUCGUGGGCGGUCGUAAGAACAGCGAAUGCACAUCUCGCGAGGCACUGCUCUAUCACGAACAGUCACAGCGUUGGCAGUCGCUGGCUAAGCUACCCGUACGACUCUACAGGGCCUCCUACGUCUGCAUGCACAGUAUCCUCUACGUGCUUGGGGGGCUGGUGAUGAGAGCAGGAGGACGCAGCACAGCCAGUGCUGCCGUUUAUACUCUCUCCCUCAAAAGGAACCAGUGGAGAGUGGCAGAGGCCAUGCUAGCUCCUCGAUUUGCCCAUCAAAGCCUCUCCUAUCUGCACUUCAUCUUCGUUCUAGGUGGGGUCACAGGUGAAAGGCAGAUCUCCAAUGGGGUGGAGAGGUACAACACAAUGUUCAACCAAUGGGAAGUCAUGGCUCCAAUGCCAACUGCAGUCCAGAAUCCUGCUGUGGCAGCAAAUGACAAGAGAAUUUAUGUGUUUGGUGGGGAGGAUGCCAUGCAAAACCCAGUACGAAUGAUACAGGUUUACCAUAUUGGAAGAAAUCUUUGGUGUAAAAUGGAGAACCGGAUGGUGAAGAAUGUUUGUGCCCCCGCUUCAGUUAUUGAUGGCAAAAUAUACAUCAUAGGAGGUUACACAAGAAGAAUGGUGGCCUAUGAUAUUAAGGCAAACAGAUUUGUUAAAUGUGAGAAUAUGAAAGAGAGGAAGAUGCAUCACUCAGCUACUGUCAUCAACAACAUGCUCUAUGUCACUGGAGGCCGUUAUAUCAGUGGCCAUGACGCUGUUGAGGACUCAGACAGCUUCGACUGCUAUGACCCAGUGACAGACACGUGGAUGUCAAAGGGCACCCUUCCAUUUAAACUCUUUGAUCAUGGUUCAGUUUCAAUGGUGUGUGUUUCUGACCAGCCUUUUCCCACAUGAAUGUGACCAUGUUGCCAAUUAAAGCAUGCAGGUGAGAUGUGUUAUCAUAAAAAGCAGAACAAUAUCAGUUCUCUGUAUGCAAACAAAAACAUUUUGAUGACUAUGGUGUAAUAUUUAGACAAGAUUCUGCUGGUUUAAAGGAAUCAUCUACAGUGCUUUGCUAAAUAUAGGCUGGAGUUAAUGAGUAAGAAAGUGUGUAAAUGUUCUAAUGAGAUGUGGAAUUUAGUCACAAUAUUUUUCACAAUGAUUUACAGGAACUGAGGAGCAGAACCUCCUAGAUAUUUGACAAUUCAGUAACAUUUGAUCUUGAAGAAACAAAGUUCACACUUAUAUUAAGCAAGACUGACUUUGGCAAUUGCUGAUUUCAAUUUGUCUUCAGAACUGGCUUUUCCAAUAAGUUGUAGAAGAGGGGCAUGCAUGUAGAGGCAUAUCUCUGCUUAUUUAAACCGAGUAGUUUCAGUACUUUAAGCACUUUUGUACAAACACAUUCCUGUAAUUUCAAGUUCACUGAAUUCUUUUCAAGAUGUUUGU